UGAACCGCGUGUGGGGCAAAGCUGCGUAUCGGCCUCCUGGGUUCACUCGCUCACACUGCUCCCUCUUUCGCCGUCUCCUCCAAGAGUAGUCAGCCUUUUACAUAGGGACCACAGGAGAGUUCUUACUAGGAAUGACUGUAGGUCCCUGCCCACCCGCGUGCCGUGAGCCUUAGCAGAGCUUCAAAGUUGGAGCCACCUCCCACUCUACCUCCCCACGCCCCUUCACGCCACUGCUCCGAAAUUCACCAACCUUUGUAUGCAUUGCCUAAGGACUGCAAACCUUGGGGCAGAGAAGCUCUCAACCCCGCCAGGCUUUCUGUAUUGUAACCUUUGGGUCUAGGUACAGUAGCUCACUGAAGACUCUGCAGCUACACCCCUAUAAACGGAGGGAAGAAGGGGGAAGGGAAAGGAGGAGAAAGGAAAGGAGAAGAAUGAGGAGGAGAGGAUGUCAGAAGGUCCGUGCCUCUCUGCCUGAGUCCCAGUUAGAUGCGACUGUUUCUGCCUGGCCAAGGUGAAGGAAAGUUGCUUGUGAGCCCAGGAAGUGGGUUUGGCUGCAAAGAGGAGGAGGGCGCCUGGGCUCUAAAGCUCCCCUCCCUUCUGCUGAAGACCACUGGGUCCCCUUCUUCCCAACCUCCUCCUGCUCUUCUCCUCUAGCCCUCCCUUUUCCCACUCCUCCUUGACUCGGAGGCCUGGAUGCUGGGCCACCGGGCAGUGGUCCAGCGCGCAGCCGGGCGGGGGCGGGGGCAGGGGGCACUGUGACAGGAAGCUUCGCGCACAAGUUGGCCAUUUCAGGGGCAAAAUAAGUUCUCCCUUGGAUUUAGAAAGGACAAAGGCAGCAAGCUCCCUCUUUUGUGUCGGAUGAAGAGGACCAACCAUGAGCCAGAGCUUGGGUGCAGGCUCACCGCUGCCGCUACCACCGCGGUCAGCUUCAGUUCCUGCCAGGAGUUGACCGUGCGAGGGCCCUUUUAUGGCUGGAGAGGAACUUCAUAAAAGUGGAAAUAAGAACAGGUAAGGAGGGAAACAGGCUCUGAAAGGAAGAUGGAGCAGAGUGACUAUUCAGAGAGGCUUUAACCUCUGGAGACCACAGAGUCAUCUUGAAUCAAUUCCAAGAACACAGGAAAGGAAUUCAGUGACGGGCUCUUUUAGCCCUAUCCUCCCUUAUCUGAAGGACAGACCAAAGAUCCUACUUGGAAAUGAGAGGAUACUAGCAGGAAACAUUGGACCCACUCAGUGAUAUCUCCAAGAGAUACAGAACCAGGAUUCAUGAAGAUGUUGACAAGACUACAAGUUCUUAUGUUAGCUUUGUUUUCAAAGGGAUUUUUAGUCUCUUUAGGAGAUCACAACUUUAUGAGGAGAGAAAUUAAAAUAGAAGGAGACCUUGUUUUAGGGGGCUUAUUUCCUAUUAAUGAAAAAGGCACUGGAACUGAAGAGUGUGGACGAAUCAAUGAAGACAGAGGUAUCCAACGCCUGGAGGCCAUGUUGUUUGCCAUUGAUGAAAUCAACAAAGACAAUUACUUGCUUCCAGGAGUGAAGCUGGGGGUUCACAUUUUGGAUACAUGUUCAAGAGACACCUAUGCAUUAGAGCAGUCACUGGAGUUUGUCAGAGCAUCGUUGACUAAAGUGGAUGAAGCUGAAUAUAUGUGUCCUGAUGGAUCAUAUGCUAUUCAAGAAAACAUCCCACUACUCAUUGCAGGAGUCAUUGGCGGUUCGUACAGCAGUGUUUCCAUACAGGUGGCAAACCUGCUGAGGCUCUUCCAGAUCCCUCAGAUAAGCUACGCCUCCACCAGUGCCAAACUCAGCGACAAAUCGCGCUAUGAUUAUUUUGCCAGGACCGUGCCCCCUGACUUCUACCAGGCCAAAGCCAUGGCCGAGAUCUUGCGCUACUUUAACUGGACCUAUGUGUCCACUGUUGCCUCUGAAGGUGACUAUGGGGAGACAGGGAUUGAGGCCUUCGAGCAGGAAGCAAGGCUACGCAACAUCUGCAUCGCCACUGCUGAAAAGGUGGGGCGCUCCAACAUCCGCAAGUCCUACGACAGCGUGAUCCGUGAGCUCCUGCAGAAACCUAACGCGCGAGUUGUGGUCCUGUUCAUGCGCAGUGAUGACUCACGAGAGUUGAUCGCUGCAGCCAGCCGCGUGAAUGCUUCCUUCACCUGGGUGGCCAGCGAUGGCUGGGGUGCACAGGAGAGCAUUGUCAAGGGCAGUGAGCACGUCGCCUAUGGAGCCAUCACCCUGGAGCUGGCGUCCCACCCUGUUCGUCAGUUUGAUCGCUACUUCCAGAGCCUCAACCCCUACAACAAUCAUCGUAACCCCUGGUUCCGAGACUUCUGGGAGCAGAAGUUCCAGUGCAGCCUCCAGAACAAGAGAAACCACAGACAGAUUUGUGACAAGCACCUGGCCAUUGACAGCAGCAACUAUGAACAAGAAUCCAAGAUCAUGUUUGUGGUGAAUGCAGUGUAUGCCAUGGCGCAUGCGCUGCACAAAAUGCAACGCACCCUCUGUCCCAACACCACCAAGCUCUGUGAUGCAAUGAAGAUCCUGGAUGGAAAGAAGUUGUACAAAGAUUAUUUGCUGAAAAUCAACUUCACAGCUCCAUUCAACCCAAAUAAAGGAGCAGACAGCAUUGUGAAGUUUGACACUUACGGAGACGGGAUGGGAAGAUACAACGUGUUCAACUUCCAGCAUAUAGGUGGAAAGUAUUCCUACUUAAAAGUUGGCCACUGGGCAGAAACUUUAUAUCUAGAUGUGGACUCUAUUCAUUGGUCCCGGAACUCAGUCCCCACUUCCCAGUGCAGUGAUCCCUGUGCCCCCAAUGAAAUGAAAAACAUGCAGCCAGGAGAUGUUUGCUGCUGGAUCUGCAUCCCAUGUGAGCCCUAUGAAUACCUGGUUGAUGAGUUCACCUGCAUGGAUUGUGGCCCUGGCCAGUGGCCCACUGCAGACCUAUCUGGAUGCUACAACCUUCCAGAGGAUUACAUCAGGUGGGAAGAUGCCUGGGCAAUAGGCCCAGUCACUAUUGCCUGCCUGGGUUUUAUGUGUACAUGCAUAGUCAUAACUGUUUUUAUCAAGCACAACAACACACCCUUGGUCAAAGCAUCAGGCCGAGAACUCUGCUACAUCUUGUUAUUUGGAGUUAGCCUGUCCUAUUGCAUGACAUUCUUCUUCAUUGCUAAGCCAUCGCCUGUCAUCUGUGCAUUGCGCCGACUUGGGCUUGGGACCUCCUUUGCCAUCUGUUAUUCAGCUCUCCUGACCAAGACAAACUGCAUCGCUCGCAUCUUUGAUGGGGUCAAGAAUGGCGCUCAGAGGCCAAAAUUCAUCAGCCCCAGUUCUCAGGUUUUUAUCUGCCUGGGUUUGAUACUGGUGCAAAUUGUGAUGGUGUCUGUGUGGCUUAUCUUGGAGACUCCAGGUACUAGAAGAUACACCCUGCCAGAGAAGCGGGAAACAGUCAUCCUAAAAUGCAAUGUCAAAGAUUCCAGCAUGUUGAUCUCUCUGACCUAUGACGUGGUUCUGGUGAUUCUAUGCACUGUGUAUGCCUUCAAAACAAGGAAGUGUCCUGAAAACUUCAAUGAAGCCAAGUUCAUAGGCUUCACCAUGUACACCACCUGCAUCAUCUGGUUGGCAUUCCUCCCUAUAUUUUAUGUGACAUCAAGUGACUACAGAGUGCAGACGACAACAAUGUGCAUCUCCGUUAGCUUGAGUGGUUUCGUGGUCUUGGGCUGUUUGUUUGCCCCCAAGGUGCACAUUGUCCUGUUCCAACCCCAGAAGAAUGUGGUCACACACAGACUUCACCUCAACAGGUUCAGUGUCAGUGGAACUGCGACCACAUAUUCUCAGUCCUCUGCAAGCACAUAUGUCCCGACAGUGUGCAACGGAAGGGAAGUCCUGGACUCCACCACCUCAUCUCUGUGAUUGUGACUCGCAGUUCAGUUCUGUUUAUAGGCUGUUAGACGAAGUGCUCACAUGCUGCUCCAGAAUAUGGAAACAGAACAAAAACAACAACCCUAGUACCUUCUUUUUUUUUUUUUUUUUUUUAGAAACAGUAAAAUAAAUUAUUUUUGAGGACUGUAUGGUAUAUAGUGAUGUGCUACAACUUUCUAGGCUGAUUUUAGUGCCCCUAUUAACAGCCCCUCCCCAGGACAUGGAAAUAACCAUUGUUUACAGAGCUGAGCAUUGGUGACAGGGUCUGACAGGGUCAGUCUACUAAAAGAAAACAAAACAAAACAAAAAAAACAAAAACAAAAAAAUAAUACAGUGGCAAUAUUAGGUAACCUUUUUCCUAUGAAGUCUUUUGUAGGUUCUUGUUGUAACUAAUAUAGGGUGAGUUUCUACGUUGUAUAUUAAAGUUACAUUGCGUGUAACAGAACGUUUUUCUCAGUACAAAAUAAAAUGCAUCUGUAUUAAUGUAAAGAUAACCAGAAUAAAACCUUCAAGGUUUUCAAGCA